AUGUGGACCCAAGCGUGGCCACUUAGCAUCUCCAUUCUUGCUGGACUUCUUGGACCGGCCAAGUCCUUUCCUACUACCAGCCAUGCGUUCUCACAACGGAGCGAGGGAUCUGGGGUCACCGUGUUCGAAGUCUACCACGGAGUGGAUGGUAAAACUCACCAGGCUCACUACGACGACCUGAGCGCAAAAGGUUAUCGGAUUAUUUCCCUGAGUUCGUAUGGAGGUGCCUCGGAUUCUCAAUACGCCGCCGUGUGGGUUCAGCGCAAUGGUCCAGCAUUUACCGCAGUUCACAAUGUGAACGCCUCGGCAUUCCAGUCUUGGAUCGAUGAGCACUCUACGGGCUAUGUUCCAACGCUAAUUGCCGUCACGGGCCCCAGCGACUCGGCCGUUUACUCUGGAGUGAUGGAGGUGGGAAACACGACGUGGACGCAGAAAUGCAACAUGACGCAGGACCAGUUUGCUGGAAACGAUCAAGGAGCAAACGCAAUGCGCCAGAGUCUCAAGUCGUUUAAGCAAUACGGCACUCCUGGGGACUAUCGUUUCUGCGCCAUCUGGCACGCCAACCCGGACUACGACAAGUGGGUUGCCUAUAGAUCAAACAGCCCCGUGGAAAACUUUCAGGAUGUCGUGGACACGGAGACCAGCAAGCCGUACUGGCGUCCCACGUCGCUCUCCAUCGCCGAUGAUGGGAGCUACACCAGCCUGUGGACCGAUACAAGCAUUGGCUCGUGGGACCUCCAAUACGAUCUGGCCGCCUCCGAUCUCGAUGCCGAAAUUGAGAAGCAAAAGGCAUCCGGCAAGUAUCCCGUCCACCUCGCUGGCGGAGGUUCCAGCGAGCCAAGAUACGCCGCCAUCUUCGCCACGCAGGACGUUCCUUCCAAGCGGACCUGGCGCGUCGCCGGGCCCUCUCCCACCGGCUUCGCCGACAACACAGCCGCCGAGGCCAAAGCCGCGAGCAUCAUCCAAGACUUCAUGACCAAGGCGGGCGUCCGCCAAGUGCAGCUCGCCAUCGCGCGCAACGGCAGCGCGCUCCUGAACAAAGCCUACACCUGGAGCGAGCCGGAACGGGCCACCACACGCGUCAACGACACCUUCCUGCUGGCCAGCAACAGCAAGGCCUUCUGCGCCGCCGCCAUCCAGUCCCUCUACGACGCCGGCAAACUGACGCCCGACACCAAGGCCUACCCGCUCCUCAACUACACCAACCCGCUCGACCCCCGCUCCGACGACAUCACCGUCCAGCAGCUGCUCGACCACACGGCCGGCUUCAAGCGCAGCGUCUCGGGCGACCCGGCCUACAUGAUGCGCGACAUCGCCCUGGCGCAAACCAACGGCUCCCGCGCCGCCACCCUCACCGACGUCAUCGACUACAUGUACUACUCCCAACCCCUCGACUACACCCCCGGCGAGGACUACGAAUACGGCAACUACAACUACAUGCUUCUCUCGCGCCUCGUCGAGGCCGUCACCGCCCUCCCCUACUGGACCUACCUCUCCACCGCCAUCCUCCAGCCCGACGGCCUGACCGCCAGCGUCAUCCGCUGGCCGACGGACCCCUCCGCGCACGCAUCCGACAACGUCGUGCAAGAGUCGCAGUCGACGGGCGCCUCGGCACUGGAACCGCUCAGGGCUGCGGCCGUCGCCCACGUCUUCGGCGGCGACGGCCAGGUCAAAGACGCGACGCUGGGCGCCACGGGGCUGGCCGCGAGCGCGUUGGCACUGGCGCGCUUCGCUGCCCGCCACGCGGCGUACGGCGUGGGGCCGCGGUCGACGGGUUACAGGACGGGCACGACGUCGGGCGCGCGGACGUACAUGGAUAGCAGGUGGGAUGGGCUGGACGUCGGGUUGACGAUUAAUACGAGGGACUUUCCGAAUGGGGAUGGCGAUUUUGAGGAUGUGACGGGGGCGCUGGCGGUGUGGUUGGAUGGGCUUGGGUUGUGA